UGCUAGGCUAUGCGGAAUAUUCGACACGGCUUUCUGCGGGAAAAGGUGGUCAAUUUUGCAGCAAGCCUAAAGAUAGUUUCUUUCAGUUUUCCUGCAAGACCUGUGAACACAAGCGUGUCUCCUUCCUGAACGAAAUGAAUCUGUUUUCUCAAUCCUGCUGUGGUGGCUGUGAUGCGCAUCUCCUUCGCUAUUGCGGCACGUCCCAGCAGAAUUCCAAGCCUUUCAGCUCGUGCUCCUACACAUGCAAUGGGUUCAGCCACAAAUUCGCGAUCAAGCACAUGCCUAGUGGCGUGAAAAACAUAACAGGAAGUCUUAAUACAACAAGUUCUCAGAUGAAAUCGGAGAUUCACCAAGCCUCAGCUGACUCGGCUUUUUUUCUCCGACCACACUUGACAAGAGAGGAGUACGCAUAUUGGAACAGUAACUUUUGCCACUUUUUACAUUCAUGCGACAGGAGAACUGUAACCUAUCAACACAAGGAACCUUCUUACUGCGUCCGUCGGAUUGACAAAGGAUUGCCAUGCCGAAGUGAAAGGACUCCGGAUCCAUGCUGUGAUCAGAUGGUUCUUAGCAGGGGAACUUGUGCUGGGCUGCAACACAGUAAAGUAAAGUUUGCUUCGAAGCCUGAAGAGAAAAUGAACGUCGACGCACGUACAUAUAGUUCUCCUCGUCCUAGGUACGCUGGCCCUGUCUUAGAAAACGGCAAAAAACAUCAAACCAUAUCCAAAGGAAAUGUAUGUUUUAAGAAGAAUUCUAUCUUCAAACGCUCUGUUCCCUCUCUCCGCCGCACGAAAGGAAAGCAUUCAGAUGACACUCCUGACCAUGACAUUCAUGGCGUAAACGAGCAAUCUAAGGCAGCAGAGCUAAGAAAAAGGUUAAGUGAGCUAUACCUGUGCGGAGACCAAAGCUAUGAAGAUAACCCUUCAGCUCUAAAUACAUCGAAGCGUGCGGAAAAAUUCAAAACAGGAUCUGCUGAAUUCGGUGAUGCUACUGGCACCUAUGCUGUGUCUUCAGCACUGAGUUCACAUUCGAAGAGAAAAUCCAGCAGUUUGUCAGAACAUGACAGCCAUCAUGAAGGAAAACGUAAGAAGCAGCGAGUUAGUGAUGAUGUAUCCGAGAAAAUGCAAAAGACAUCAAAUAACAGCAUAGAUUUGAAUGACACUUUGGAAAGUUUUCUGAAAAAUUCCUCCUCGUUUCUCGGCAGUUUCACCGAAGAAGCAAGUCGGAAGAGGAGUGAAACCCCUAAAAUGUCUCGUCUAUCUGGGAUGGAAGAGGAAACUGUCCAUGGUGACCUGCACAUGGGAGAAAAAUCCAAUCCCCCUAAUUUUGACGGCAACCAAGAUCGCAAAAUUAGAGAUGCUACAGGUGAUUUAUCAUCGACUAAUUCCGCCGAUGAUGUUACAAUGAACUCACAAGUUUUACGUGCGAAGAAGGUGAUUCCGAAAGAGAAGUGCAAAAAUGUCAGCGAAGUCAUCAAGACAACCAAGCCUGUGCAGCGAAAAUUAGUUAAAAAUAGCAAAUCCUCUCUUCAUGGUAGUUAUGCUCUGGAUUAUGAUUGUUUGCCCAAACUUGUCAACGUACUCUCCCUGCCCGAGGCCAAAGUUUCAUCCUCUUUAAAAGCAUAGAACGCUUCCAUCGUGAAAGAAACCUUGACCGUGUAAGGGUUACGCAAAAAAAAAAAACAAACAAAACAAACAACCCGUAGAGCCUAAAUAAAAGAAAAAAUGAGUCGCAGUUCUCGAUGAAUUAUGAGUUUCUUGAACUAACUCAACGAAAAUAAGGAAAAGUUUUUACCCUGUAAUCGUUGUCCAUUGCGGACCAUUCGCUUAAAGGCAAGUAAGUCCUCGUCCUCGUCCUUUGUCUUCGGGACAAAAUUUUCGAAAUUUUUAACACUUCGAGCUGGUUGAUCAUAUGAUAAAUUGCUUAUUGAAUGAGUUUGGUCGAGCCGAACAGGAAGUUAUUUCGUUCUAGGUCAUCCUUGCGCUCGGCGCGUACGUACGUCAUGACCUCGAGCCAAAUAUUCUCUUGUCCGGCCCUUCUAAUCAGUCAAGAAUUACAGUAAUAACUUCCGAACAAGGUAAUAUCAGCGUGCGCAAAAAUAUCAUUCAACUGUGAAAUAUAUAUCAGAGCCAGAAAUAUAAGUUAGAGAAGUAAAUUAAAAUCAUGUACAUGCAGUGGCUCAACAAAUGCCCAUUUUG